GUACGUCACACUCCCGGCGGCAGGCCGCGACAAUAUGGAUCGCCUGCCCGAGGAAGUCGUCCUCCACAUCUUCUCCUAUCUGGACAUCAGUGACCUGGUACACGUGCAGCUGGUAUCGAAUAGAUACCGCGCCCUAGGUCGGGACAAUGCUCUGUGGAGGAUUGAAUGCUUCGCCCACUCCCAAGCAGAACGACUACGACGGCGAAGAGAACUGCUACAUAGUCAAGAUCCUCGUCUUGCUCAGAUCCGAAAUGCUGUGUCUGCGCUGCCCAGUGGGAAUCAUACGACACACGAUGUGGUCCAUGUUGUAGGCGGGCCCGCGGAACCGGCUUCAAGUGAUCCUGUUGCGCAAGCGCGUUCGCAGCGAAUCCGAGCUUUGGCGAACUGGGAGCCUGGUUAUCCCGGAGAGAGCAUUGACUACUACGAGGAAUAUAUUCAACGCCAUGCAGAUAUAAAGACAGGUUGGCUUAAUCUACCCAAGUCUCACACGACCGAUCGAGACGAGUAUCGAGAAGCUACUGGCGUUGGACUCUUGGUGGAUCAGCAAGACCAGACAAGAGAACAUGCCGUGGCUGCUCUCGACGAUGGCAGUAUAUGCAUCUGGGAUCUGUCUGGGCGCUCUCAAAGCCACAAUGGUGGCGGAGGCAGAUUGCUCGCCCAAUCUAAACCCGGUCUACUCUCUGGACAGCAACCGCAGGCCUCAUCAGAGAGUCAUGCCAUCAUGACCGAAACAGGUGCAGUAGAAUGCGUCUGUGUGGAUAGCACUGCCCGAAAAGCAUAUUUUGCGGUGCAGAAGCAGUUGCAUGCGCUUGACCUGAACACCCUCCAGCUGGUCUCCACUAAGCAGUACCCAUUCCCCAUCACAGCACUUUCUGAAAUGCAGAAUCGCGCGCCGCUCACUGUAGGCACGAAUAUGACUAUUCAUCUUCAUGACCCCAGAGAUCAUGUAUUUGCAGCUGGAGAGGCAUCGCCGCGUGGAGAGCUGAUUGCUGGCUCGGUGUACUCCCCUCAUGCAACGCUGGCCCAGCCGGGCCCACUCUCCAUUGUGCAUCCCAAUGGCUCAGAUGACAGCUCCAUCUGGGUAGGAGGUCGGUUCACUUCACUUCUCAACUAUGAUCGCCGCUUCUUUCCCCGUCUGCGUGGCACUGUCUUCAGCGGAGCCCGAAUUGCCUGUCUCUCGACCCUGCCUCAUCCUUGGCGGCCACGCAGUCUCGAUCUUCUGCGCCAUCCCGGUAUCUCGCUGUCGGCGUAUCAAGCGAGGAGGGAAGGCACGGGGGUGACUAUGAUUGCUGCGGCAGAGUACAAAGGCAAAGGCUCACUCGAGUUCUAUCCAUUGCCUGCAGUGGUGGAACCAUAUCAGAAUCGUCAGACUGCUUCUGCUUCGAAGCUCCUCUCGGUGGCGUCUCAUGGAGGCCGCGUAGUCUUUAGUGAUGGCGACGGCCAACUCAAGUGGAUGGAACGUGACGGUUUUACGUACGUGCGGACUUACAACAUCAACGAUAGCUUGCCAGAUGAGUCGGACACUGUAUCACAGGACGCCACGCCACAAGGAAUAUUCGCUACCAGUGGCACCGAAAUGCCAGGGCAAGGGGACAUUGUCCAGAAGAUUCUGCCACUUGGCAAAGGUUUUGGCGAAGCAAGCGCUGAGGUUGGAAGUCUAGAUGUGAAUCAGCAUAAAUUAUUACUCUGGACCGGUGAUGGUCGACUGGGGGUGCUCGGGAUGGGUCAGCACGAUCCACUUGGCAGCGACGAAUGGCAUGAUGCACUUGAGGAACAAGCACUCUCCGCAGCAGAGAAAGCUCGUCAGGAUGCCGAAAGGCAAUAUGGGAUGGCCAUGCGGAGAGCCUUGGAACGCAACGCGGACGAAGUGCGUUUCGUGAGAGGACUAGGCAUGGGAUACACCAGAUAAACGAGCGAGAACAAC